AUGUCAGUUGAUAAAACCCAAAAUGAUGAAUUAAAUAUUCACAAAUCUCCCAAAGAUUUAACUUCUGUAACUACCAAAACAACUGAAAAUUUGGAUUUACAAUCACAAGCUGAUGAAAUCUUUUAUCAUGAUUCUAGAUUAUCCCUGUCAUUGAGUUCUCGGUUGAUUCUGAUGAUUUCAUUGGUUGGUGUCAUUGGAACUGGUUUAUUCUUAAGUUCUGGAGGAACAUUAGCAACUGCAGGUCCAUUGGGGAUGAUCAUUUCUUAUAUUUUUGUUGCCACAGUCAUCGGUGCAAAUCAAAUUGCUGUCACUGAAGUCACUUGUUUGAUGCCCAUUACCAGUGGUUAUAUCAGACAUGCAGAACAUUUUGUUGAUCAUUCUCUCGGAUUUGCAAUGGGGAUUUGCAACAUCUACCUGGCAGUGAUUCCAACUGAAUUAUCCGCUGUUGUUCUUAUCAUGACAUACUGGACAGAUUUGAGCCCUGCAGUGUUUGUUACUAUAUUUGGAAUUGUUAUUGUUGUUAUCAACUCUUAUAAUGUUAGAUGGUACGGAGAAAUUGAAUUUUGUUUUGGUGUCUUGAAAAUACUCUUGGUUAUUUGUUUAAUUAUUGUUGGAUUAGUUAUUGAUUUGGGUGGUGCUCCUAAUCAUGACCGUCUUGGAUUCCGGUACUGGAAAGACCCCGGUUUAUUUUCAGAACGAUACGCUACGGGCUCUUUAGGAAGAUUUUUAGGCAUUUGGAAAAGUGUGGGGACGGCAGUAUACACAUUCUCAGGGAUUCAAUCUGUUUGUCUUCUUGCUGGUGAGUCAGAAUAUCCACGAAGAGCUAUUUAUCGUGCUGCAAAAAGAGUGUUUUACCGUAUUGCCAUACUUUAUUUUACCACCGUAUUGGUUUUAUCAAUGAUUGUUUCUCACACUGAUCCAGCAAUCAGUAAACCCGAUGGAACUGCCAGAGGUUCGGCCUUUGUUGUUGCUAUACAACGUUCAGGUAUCAAAGUGUUGCCACAUAUUGUUAAUGCAGUGGUUUUGACAUCAGCAUUGUCUGCAGCAAAUUUGGAUAUCAUUCGAUCAAGUAGAAUUAUUUAUGCCCUUGCUAGCAAACGUCAACUCCCCAAAAUAUUCCUCAAAGUCAAUAAUUAUGGAUUACCUUACGUCGCUGUGGCAUUCUGUUGCUCAUUUUUGCCAUUGGCAUACAUGACUGCUAAUGCUACUCUGGCAGCAGUUUUCAGUUGGUUUCAAAAUAUCACAUCAUCGUGCACUUUACUCAAUUGGAGUAUUAUUUCUAUAAAUCAUAUUAGUAUGAGCAGAGCAUUACGGGCUCAAGGUUACACAAGAGAUGAUUUGCCGUAUAAAUUUGCUGGAGGAGAAUUUGCCGCCUAUUAUUCAUUAUUUUUCGCUAUCAUCUUUUUGUUAACUGGUGGGUUCCCCGUGUUUAUCAAAGGGUACUGGCAAUUUUCUACAUUUUUCAGUUCUUAUUUCAUUAUUCCCCUUGUGUUGAUCUUUUAUACUUUUGGUAAACUUUUCUGGAAAACUAAAUUAAAGUCUCCUCAUGAUGUCCCAUUGAAACCUUUAUUUUUUGAUGUUCAACAACGUCCUGAACCUCCUUAUCCAAAACUUAAGGGUUGGCAAAAGUUAACUUGGUUAUGGGCUUGA